AUGUAUUACAUGAACGAGAAGGGCGAGCGGGUGUACACGCUCAAGAAAACCGCCCCGGAUGGAACGCCGACGCAAUCGGCGCACCCGGCGAGAUUUUCGCCGGAUGAUAAGUUUUCGAAGCAACGAGUCGCGCUGAAGAAGCGGUUUUCACUUUUGCCGACGCAACAACCGGAGGUUGAUUUCUAG